AUGGCCUACCAUAACCAAACCCAACAACCUGGGAAUACGAUCACCCCGUUCACCAAGACUCCACCCAUCCCACCCCCUCCUCCGUUCUGUAUCAUCGCCUGCCUCGUCCUCUCCAAAACAGACAGACUCAGACUGAUGGGUUUCCCGGAACACGUCUUACCGGAACUACAGAGGACGAUAGAGAGGGGCUGGACCAGGGGGAUACAGAGUCAGGGGUAUAAGUUGGGGGGGAGGCCUUGGGCUGAACAAGGGUCGGAGGCGAUCAUGGCCCACCGACUGAUGACCUCCAUCCUAACCACCCUCUCUCUCUUGGGAUGGCACCUGUAUAGAGCGUGUGAUUUGAGUAAAAAGUCAUUUGAUAAGGAUACGAUCUUCUUCAAACAUACCGGACCGAGGGAUAGGAGGUUCUUUGCGAUUUCGUUCCGGAGGUCAGACCGUCUGUGCCUCGUCGAUGCGCCUUCGGAGGAUGUGAAACAGGCUUUCAGGAAUGUCGUCUACUCCUGGGCUCCCGGAAUCCAGAACGAAUCCAACCCCUUGCCAGGGUCCAAUACCCUCGAACUCAAACUCCGGGGGAACCCCUGGUUCUCCUCCACCGGCAUCGAAGUCCUCCAGGCCAGGUCGCUCUGUUGUAGGUUGUUGGCAGAGAUGGAGGGGAGGGGGUAUAGUCUGGUCGGGAGCGUGGAUAUGUGUGCGCAGGCGGCGAAUAAGGGGAGUCCGGAUUUGGAUACUUGGUUCUUUGGGACGACUUGA